GAGGAGACGGGGGGAGUCCGGUUUCACGGUCAAAUGCCCUGAUGGAGGGACGGCGGGGCCCGUGUGAUUCACUGUGAGGCGGCCCGGAGACACGGCGACCUCUCUGCGGAGCGGUGACUCUUCGUCAUGAUCAGCAUCUCUGACUGACGGACAGCGUCGACCAUGAUCGGAGGACUUUUCAUCUACAAUCAUAAGGGGGAGGUGCUGAUCUCCAGGGUGUACCGCGAUGACAUCGGGAGAAAUGCAGUGGACGCGUUUCGUGUUAACGUCAUACACGCCCGGCAGCAGGUCCGCUCUCCAGUCACCAACAUUGCCCGGACCAGCUUCUUCCACGUCAAUCGCUCCAACAUCUGGCUGGCAGCUGUCACCAAGCAGAACGUCAACGCCGCCAUGGUGUUUGAGUUCCUCUACAAGAUGUGUGACGUGAUGACGGCAUACUUCGGCAAAAUCAGCGAGGAGAACGUCAAGAACAACUUCGUCCUCAUCUACGAGCUGCUCGACGAGAUUUUGGACUUUGGUUAUCCUCAAAACUCAGAGACCGGAGCUCUGAAAACCUUCAUCACUCAGCAGGGCAUCAAGAGCCAGCACCAUACCAAAGAGGAGCAGUCUCAGAUUACCAGCCAGGUCACGGGUCAGAUCGGUUGGAGGAGAGAGGGACUCAAAUACAGAAGAAACGAGCUGUUUCUGGACGUGUUGGAGAGCGUCAACCUGCUCAUGUCACCACAAGGUCAGGUGCUCAGUGCUCACGUCUCAGGUCGGGUGGUGAUGAAGAGUUACCUGAGCGGGAUGCCCGAGUGUAAAUUUGGGAUGAACGACAAGAUCGUCAUCGACAAGCAGGGUAAAGGAGGAAGCUCUGAGGACGCCAGCAAGAGUGGUAAACAGUCGAUAGCGAUUGAUGACUGCACCUUCCAUCAGUGUGUUCGUCUCAGCAAGUUCGACUCUGAACGCAGCAUCAGCUUCAUCCCUCCAGACGGAGAUUACGAGCUCAUGAGGUAUCGAACCACCAAAGACAUCAUCCUCCCCUUCAGAGUCAUCCCUCUGGUCAGAGAAGUCGGUCGGACCAAACUGGAGGUCAAAGUCGUCAUCAAGUCCAACUUCAAGUCCUCGCUGCUGGCGCAGAAGAUCGAGGUUCGUAUUCCCACCCCUCUGAACACCAGUGGAGUUCAGCUCAUCUGUACGAAGGGAAAAGCCAAAUAUAAAGCCAGUGAGAACGCCAUCGUCUGGAAGAUCAAGCGCAUGGCGGGGAUGAAGGAGUCUCAGAUCAGCGCAGAGAUCGAGCUGCUGCCGACAAACGACAAGAAGAAGUGGGCACGACCUCCGAUCUCCAUGAACUUUGAGGUGCCAUUUGCUCCGUCAGGUCUGAAGGUUCGAUACCUGAAGGUCUUUGAGCCAAAGCUGAACUACAGCGAUCACGAUGUUAUUAAAUGGGUUCGUUACAUCGGACGAAGCGGCAUCUACGAGACGCGCUGCUGACGCCGCCGCUGGGGCUGAUGGGAAGAGGGACGCCCGCUGACAUCAUUGUCGUCGUCGUCGUUCUCCUCUCCAGCUCUUAAGUCAAAAUGUCUGUUACACGAUCCACUUUUUAAUAAUCUUCCAUCCAGUUUCAGUCCGUUUACAGAGGAGUGGGUCACUCAGUGGCCUCUUUAUGAGGAACACCUGUGCACCUGUACCUGAACACCUGGACUUCCCUCUGCCCCUCUGCGGUGUGGAUCCAACAAGCUGCUCCAUGUUCCUCGAGAGGCAGCGGGCUGUGGCUCAUCCGGUAUUAAUGAGAAGAGAUUGCUGCACCGUCACGCGGCAGCGCCAGCGGCGUGGAUCCGCGGACUCGUGUUUAAAUUUACAGCUGUACAGGUUUACUGACUGAAGGUUCCGCUGAGUGUGGAGCUCCAUGUCUGUAUUUCUACUCCAGUGCAGAGUCUGAUGACUGAGCUCUGUGGGGACACUAAACAGCCGAUCACAUUCCAGAAAACACAAAGGUGUGGCCACAGGGGCCUUGACUGAAGACGUCGUCCCUAGAAACAGUCUCCGGUGUGACGUGUGGAUCAUCAGUCACAGGAGGUCCGUCUCUCACAUUAAACCAAAACCAUCCGAUGGUCAGAAACCAGGAAGUAUAUCUAAGAGUGUUUGGGUGAACUGACCCUUUAACUUUAGAGACUGGGACCAAAGCCACCAGUCAGACCAGUAAAGCACCGAUUGAGACCUCCUGUCUCGUAGUGGAUCCGCGAUCUGUGUCAUUACCCAGCAUGCCUCAGUCUCCGUCAGUUUCAACAUGUUUACUCAGUGUUUGUUGAUUCAUUGAAGAUCUGAACUGUUGUAUUUGUUUAUUUUUAUACAGUUUUUGUUUCCAGACCUGUUGGUGAUGAGACUGUGACCAAAACUGAUCAGAUGUUAUCAAUCUGUACGAAGUGAUCGAUGUGACGUGCGUGUGUGUGCGUGUGCGCGCUUAUUAAACCUGCUGCAGUGGGUUAAAACGCCA